UUUUACUUUCUGCAGUUAGGAAACUUUUAAAAGUUGUUAAUCAGUCGGGCUUUGUUCGUAGAUGAUCAUUCGAGAGAGAAAUUGAAAAUUGUUUUUCAUAAAAUUGUAAAGUUUACGCGUCAGUUGUUUGUCUUAAAAAAUAUUCAUUUCUGAUUCUUCUUCCUUGCAGCUUCUCUACUUCUUACCUUGCUUGCUUGCUUGCUUGGCCCAACAACGUUUUUUCGUUUCACAGUUCCAGCAGUGAACUAAAAAAACUAAGUAUUAUUAGUAUAUAAUUUUUAUUAUGACAAUUCAUAGUGCUGAAGAUUUCACGAAAAUACCAAAAGACCAAAUCUCACCUAACCCUAAAGAGCUAGUUUUGGUCCCCAGCCCAAAUAUUCCCUGGUAUGUUUUUAGUAUGGCAGGUGCUUGCAGUGGGGUGGUCACUAGAGCUCUCACACAGCCACUGGAUGUCGUCAAGAUCAGAUUACAAAUUCAAGACAAUCCAAUGCACCAAAUGGACAGUGCCAAGUACAGAGGGAUGUUUCGGACUGGGUCCGUGGUAUGCAAGUCUGAAGGUGUCAGGGCUCUGUGGAAGGGGCACGUGCCUGCUCAAGUUCUGUCAAUUUCCUAUGGAGUUCUGCAGUUCAGCAUUUUUGAAUUGUUGACAAAGUACACGAACCCAUUGAUUUCUUCAAUUGGUUUCUUGAAACCGUUCAAUAAUUUUGUGUGUGGAGGUGUUGCAGGGUCGAUAGCUACAUUCAUCUCAUACCCCUUCGAUGUUGUCCGCACGAGGUACAUCAUUCAGGACCACCCCAAGACAUACACAUCAAUGCACCAAGCCUUCAAAGUCAUUGUCGCAAUGGAGUCAUGGAAGGGUUUAUACAAGGGGUUUGUUCCGACCAUCAUCCAGAUUGCACCAAACACCGGCCUACAAUUUGCUUUCUACAAGCUCUCCAUAUCUGUGUGGGACUUUCUUUGUAGGAGGAACAAGUACAUGCAAGCCACUGAUGACAUUCACGAUGUCGGCCUACUUGAGAGCCUCAUCUGUGGCUCCGUAGCUGGCCUCACUGCCAAAACCAUUGUCUACCCGUUGGACCUUGCAAAGAAAAGAUUGCAAAUAGUUGGUUUCCAUGACUAUGGUCGGGUCAUCGUCGGGCGGGCAGUUGCCUACAGUGGGAUGGUCGAUUGCAUAGCAACGGUUGCCAGGCAGGAAGGGGUUGGGGCUCUGUACAAGGGGCUUGUCCCCAGCAUGAUGAAGGCCUUGCUCACCUCGGCCCUCAUAUUUGCUUCUUAUGAAAAAUUUUAUAACUUUUUCGUGUUAACUGUGGUGCCUCGAUAAUUAGGUAUAUAUAUAUAUAUAUAUAAAGUUUUAUAUAAAUUUAUUAUAAUUGUUUUAAUGAAUUUAUAACAUUUCUUCAAUGUUUUUUUUAUUUUUUUUGCAAAGGGUAAUAUGAUUUUAUAACCCUUGCCCUUUUCACGCUCUAUUACUACUGAAAAACCUGCUUACGUGAAUUUCAUCCAACCAUCCAAACGAAAAAACGUGACUGUGCCUGAACUUGCUAACUCGUGCUUAACAGAUUGGUUUGAAACUAGUAGACAUUUUUUUUUAGAAACUGACAAUGCUGCGUCUGCAGGAAGGAAGUAUAACCUAACAGGUGCUGCAAGGUGCCUUGUGACUGUCGUCAUAAGCGUCAAAUAUCUUUUCAAAGCUUUGAUAUUCCAACACCAAUAAAACAUCAAAUUGCACUGUGACACAUCAACACGUCGCAUUAGAAUCAACAUUACAUCACCCUACAUUAGGAGUAGGUAAACUUUUUGCUGUGAGAACCGCAUUGAGAACUAUCUUACCUUUGAAGGGCCGCAUAUGUACUUGAAUAGCAAAUUUUUUCGACACAGGCGAGAAUUUUUUUAAGUUUUGUGGUUCUUUUUUUGGUCAUAAUGUCUGGCUACGACCUUUUUUUGGCGAACAAGACUUCAUCACACCAACGCUUCAGAACUAUACUUUGUGCAUGGGGAAUGCCAAUGAUGUAUUUAAUUAUUUCUGCUUUGUAGUGUUUUACGACGGUAGCUACAUAUUUUCUGUUUACAUUACUCUAUUUUAUUUAUUUUAGACAGUAAACAUUUGUUGAUAUGAGCAAAUGAAAAUUUUACUACAAUGCAAAAUGAUUACGAAGUGACAUAACCAAAAACGCGAUGAACAAUGAACAUAAUAACAAUUUACGUGAUUCGGAACGUGUUACGAAGUUAAAUGUCGCGAUUGGGUAGAUGAAUGAUGAUAACAUUAUUGAUGAUGUCGUUUAAGUUGAUGAUGAUAAUGUUUUUUUU